AUGAGCGGAUUUGAGAAAUUAUCGACCAACAAAGUAUCAGGCGGGUUUAUCGACAAGUACAAGUUCAAGAGCCACAGCCUGGGUGGUUUAGAGACGCAAAUCAACGUCUACACGCCACCCAACACCCACGCUAACGCCAAAGCACCCGUCCUUUACUUCCUUUCCGGUUUGACGUGCACUGAGGACAAUGCAGCCCAGAAAGGUGGUUUCUUCGACGAGGCUUCUAAGCAGGGUAUAGCGUUGGUGUUCCCCGAUACGAGGUGCGUGUUUUCCGGUGUCGGUGUCUGGUGUCUUGUGUCUUUUGUCUUGCUUUUGGAGACACUCAAGGCACUCAAGGCACUCCUGUCACUCCCUACACUCAUCACUCACACCGCCCUCCACAGUCCUCGCGGCGCAGGUGUACCAGGCGAAAACGAUGCUUACGACUUUGGAACCGGUGCAGGUUUCUACGUCGACGCCACGACGGCGGGCUACAGCGAGCACUACAACAUGUACACGUACAUAACCAAGGAAUUGCCGGUCAAGUUAAAAGAAAUUGGUCUGCCUAUAGACACGACCAACGCGUCCAUCAGUGGUCAUUCCAUGGGUGGCCACGGUGCUGUGACUGCGUAUCUGCGCGAAUGGGGUGCAUACAAAUCGGCAUCGGGCUUCUCAGCUAUCCUCAAUCCUACGGCGUGUCCAUGGGGUGAGAAAGCCUUUAAGGGGUAUUUCGGAGACGUCGAUGCGGGCAAGCAGCAUGACUCUACCCAUCUGAUCGGACAGAUGAAGGGUCGAGAUGUGAAGAUAUUGUUGACACAGGGAUCCGCAGACAACUUCUACUCCCAGGGCCAGCUGCUGCCUGAGAAUUUCGUUUCUGCCGCUCAAGAGAGCGGAUUGGGGGCCGGUGUGAGGUAUACGCUCGAAGAAGGAUACGAUCAUAGCUACUUCUUCAUAUCGACAUUCGCAGCGGAGCAUGGCGAAUAUGUACCCACAGUAUUCGACAACUACAGCGCUAAUGUCAUCGUUGAUGGCGAUCCAAUCACGCUUGGUUUGUGGGAUACGGCUGGUCAAGAGGACUACGAUAGGCUCAGACCGCUUUCUUAUCCACAGACGGACGUCUUCCUCAUUGCUUUUUCAAUUGCUAGUCCCACUUCGCUGGAGAAUGUCAAGUACAAAUGGAUACCUGAACUCAAACACCACGCUCCGAAUGUCCCUAUCAUAUUAGUAGCCACAAAAGUAGAUCUCCGCAACGACAGACUAACGAUUCAGAGACUGGCAGAUAGAGGUAUGAACCCAAUCAGCUGGUCAGAAGGCUCCAAGCUGGCUAAGGAGAUUGGAGCAGUACGCUAUCUCGAAUGCUCCGCCAAGUCGCAGCUCGGGUUGAAGGCCGUCUUCGAUGAAGCUAUCCGCAUCGUCCUCAUCCCUCCAGCGAGACAUUCCAAGAAGAAUAAAGGCUGUGUUAUUGCAUAG